AUGAAAAUAAGCGGAACCCUCAUGUGGAUGUCAAAACCCUUUUCAAAAACAUUUAAUUCACCACGAUGGACUUUGGGAAAACCUUAUCGUAAUUUGUCAAAAGAUAAAGAUGAAAACUUUUCAGUUUUCAUCUUCAUCUUUCAAAACCAAAUACACAUAAAAUUAAAUUCUUACUUUGAUAUUUCUAACGAAAAUUUCUUUUCACAAUAUGCGAUUCUAUUCUCAUGGCAAUGCGAUUUGGAACUGAAGUUUGAAGUCAAUAAUAAAGAAAGACGUCAAGAGCAGUUCCAUCAGUUUUCAACUUUAAAGUCUGUCAUAAAAGUAAAAUAA